AUUAUACACCAGAAUUAUCUACUUAUGUCGUUAUGGUCCUCCUCGCAAGAUUUGAAGUCUUUUAAUUGGUGCGUUUUUAUUCAAGUUCAGUCGCUCUCCCUCCUUCAACGCGCUGUCUGCGAAACCCAGAGCACCCUUUCAAAUACCGACUCGAGGACCUCUGCAUCUCGGUCUCCGCUGUUGACGUGGGGCCACUUCGCCCGUGUUUCUCUCGCUGUCCACCUCCUCGCCGCCUGGGGGAAAACACUCUGCCUCUGCCGUGCCUACGGCUUUGCCGCCAUUAUCACCUGCAUUUGUUUCGAGUGCCUUUUCUUCGCAAUUCUGGCCAUCCCUCUCUCUUGUUUGGCAGGCAUCCCCUCGAGCUUCCUCCGCGCUUUCUGUCUCGUAAUAUAUACGUCGCACACGCCUUUGUCAUUCGUCCCUUUGGCCUCCCCGACUUCUUUCAGGUCUGCGUGCACCUUCCUCCUCCGUAUCUGGUCUGUUGCGCCUUACUGGCGUCAUCUCAGCACCCCCCAGUCUUCUGGUGAGAGGACCAGUCUGCAAUCUGCCAGUUCACUUGCGAAAUUUGCUGGACUGUGUCCUGCUCGCCUCGCCUGACGCUUUGGUUUAGCCGAGUGCCAGCGAGCGAGUCGCUGCCGACUUCCCAGCAAGCUCUGACAGGCUUUCGCGAAUACAUCGAUCAGAUAUCAAGCACAACUAUUUUACUUUUGUUGUUGGAAAUGUAAUCUCGCGGCGGCUGUGGCUAUCGCACGCAAGGGGCCGCGGUGCCAGCUUUAUGUUCUGGGCCCGCCUUGUACACGUUUUGUAGUAUACGUGCAGAGGAACAGGUAGAGAACAAACUUUUUUACUACCAACUUGGAACAGUAAGGUCAAUAUGUGGCACAGAUUUAAAUUGACUUAUGCUACAUUGAAUGUGGACUCCAUCAAUUCAAAUAUUUUCCAACCACCU